UUUUUUGGGCCUUUUCCAAAGUUUCAGAGUUUUUUUAUUGAAGAAACCCACAACAAGAGUAAAAUGCCAUUUGCCAAGUGCCGAAGAACCCGCCUGAGUUUGCGAUUGCCAUGACUUCCCAUUUCACACUACUUUCUCUGAUUAGCCUCACUCCUCUUCAAACCCACAUCACACAAGUGUUCCCAUUCCUAAUAAAGUAAAAACAAAAUGCGGGAAGAAGGAAAGCAAGGGAUCGGAUAAUUUGUUUAUCACGUGCAUGUCAAUAUCAACCUCACAUGCUAAUCUUUAUCAACCACCUUAUACUAUUCUGUAAAAAACCCAAUUUCAUGGUCUAAUUGGGCCCUUCUUCCCCGGUUUUUCCUUGAUCCAAGGACCCUUUUUCGUUUUAUUGAACAAUUUCUUUUCAUUUUAGGAAAAAAUUGGCCCUUUUUUAAUUGAGUGGCGCCGGAGUUUAAUCCUUCAAAGUUUGCAAUUUUAGUUUUCCGAUGUAUCUUUCAUAAAUUUUCGUCUUUGGACUCUGGGAUUCGAUCUUUUCUGUAUUUGGGGGGUACUGAAAUUGGAUUUCAUGAAGUGAUAAUUGCCGGAAUUUUUUUUGUUCUGAGGUGAAAGGAUUCUGAUAUUGUGACAUCACUGCCAUUUAUUUGAUUGGAUCAGAUAUGGAAUCUACAGAUUCAAGUUCGUUCUUGAGAAACUUGUUCCUGUGGAUUGCAUAACUAAUAUAUGAAGAUGUGGUAAUGCAGUUUGACUGCUGCACUCUCGUAUGGCAUUUCGUCCAUGGCAAUGGUUUUCAUCAAUAAGGCAGUACUGAUGCAAUAUUCGCAAUCCAUGACUCUACUUGCACUUCAGCAAUUGGCUACUACUUUGCUGAUACACUUUGGUAGAGUCAUGGGAUACACGAAAGCAAAAGGACUGAAUAUAGAGACAGCAAAAAGACUAGUAUUUGUUUCACUAUUCUACAAUGCAAAUGUAGCAUUUGCUUUAGCUAGCUUGAAAGGUGUAAAUAUUCCAAUGUAUAUUGCCAUCAAAAGACUGACGCCACUUGCAGUACUAAUAGCCGGAUUCUUUACUGGAAAGGGGAAACCUUCACAUCAGGUAACUCUUUCGGUUAUCCUGACAGCUGCCGGGGUUAUUAUAGCAGCGUUAGGUGAUUUUACUUUUGAUCUUUUUGGAUAUAGCAUGGCCCUUACAUCCGUUUUCUUCCAGACUAUGUACCUUGUGUUGGUUGAGAGGUCCGGAGCAGAGGAUGGGCUUUCCUCAGUUGAGAUCAUGUUCUACAAUAGUUUCCUGUCGUUACCAUUUCUCCUGUUUCUCAUCAUAGCUACUGGAGAAUUUCCAAAUUCUUUGUCACUGUUAUUUGCCAAGAGUAUAUCAUUACCAUUUUUCCUUCUUCUUCUUCUUUCUCUGGCGAUGGGCAUUGUUCUGAACUACACGAUGUUCCUCUGCACCCUAGUAAAUUCCGCUUUGACAACCACCAUUGUUGGCGUUCUCAAAGGGGUUGGAUCAACGGUAUGUUCGAUAGCAUUAACUGUUCUUUUCAGUUGUACAUAAUCGAGUUCGGUUUUGUUGUGGCCAAGCCGCCUUGAUAUCUUUGAUUUUGUUCAGACCUUUGGUUUCAUCUUAUUGGGAGGUGUGCAAGUUCAUGGAUUAAACGUCACUGGAUUAGUAAUCAACACAGCAGGCGGUUUGUUGUAUUCUUACGCAAAAUAUCAGCAAAAGAGGACCAAGUUGCCGAAGAUAAUGUCGGAUGUAGAAGGCCAUCGAAAAUAAUUAAAAAAAGAAGAAGAAGGAAUGCUUUGUUUCGUUUAGUGAACCAUUUUUUGCUGUAAGAGAGCGAAGCUUUGUAAUGCCAUUCAAAUGAAUGAACGUGAUACAAGGAAUAGGUCAAAUGCCAAAACAAAACAGGGACUAGGAAAGGAAAAACAAUAUGAUGGAGGAGGAUAUUGCACAAGAUAAAUUAUUGAAAAGGAAAUUUUAUUUUACUUUUUGUAUGUUGAAAAUAUGUAUCAAGUGCAUUUGUUAAACCAAGACACACCCCAAGUUACAUGUUACAACAUUUUUAUUUGAUUCUUUUCAAUGUAUGGGAGUUAUUCAGUGGCAAUGAAUUUAUAUUUUAUUCAUUUUCUGAGCAACAUAAGUAAAAAUACAAUGUAACUGAUUCUCUAAAGUAAUUCCUGUUUUACACUAGAUUAGGCAAUUAAAGUUAUGUUUCGAUUGCAAACUGUUAUUUGUUUAGAUUUGGUUUGUGAAAUUCAUAUAAUUAGUAAAAGACCACAAAUUAGGGGGAUUGGUACGUCUUAUGUGAUACUUUCCAGUUACACAUUCUAAAC